AUGUCACCGUUUCCUGAGUCCAAGCACUCGCUGGCCAAGCCCGUUGAUGCUCCACGUCAGAACCAAGUCUUCGAAGGCAAAGUCUCAGUCAAAGCUCCAAACAAACUCUCAAACAAAACUCAGGCCUUUACACCGUCAAAGGAGCAAGAUGACAUUGUCAAGGCUUGUGCGACUUCUAAUGUCAUGGUCUCAGCUCGUCCAGGUUCUGGAAAAACCACCACGAUCAAGGCUAUCCUACAGGAUAAUCCUUCUACCUCUAUGGUUGUCAUCACAUAUUCCAAGAGGCUGCAGGUGGAUACACUCAACAAACUCAUGCCCUAUGGCUUUGAAGAGGACGACAAGGUCCUUCUUGAUCUUCGUCAGAAGAAUGCAAGACCCACCUGGAGAUCCACCGUGGACCUCGUGGUUCUUGAUGAAGUGCAGGACAUGAACGAGAAUUUAUACUGGUUGACCUGUGCUUUCCUUGCCACAGUAUCUAGAAAUCAGGAAAACCCCCCUCGACUACUGUGUCUAGGGGAUCCCAAUCAGGCCAUAUAUGAAUUCAAGGGUGCUGAUUCCCGAUACCUGCAACUCGCCGAAGAUGCCUUCAAGGAUGUCAACCCCUACCCUUGGGAGAAAUUAAGCCUUCCAAAAAGCUUUCGACUUUCUCACCAAACUGCAGCCUUUGUCAAUACUCUCAUCACUGGCACGGAAAAGAUCGAAGGCUCACAUGAUGGACCCAUGCCUAUCUAUUUGCAUGCGGAUUUGGACGAUGCCGAAUCUUUACUCAAAAAGGUUCGCCCUCUAAUUGAACAAUACACCCCGGAGAG